AUGAAACAAACGAGUUUAGAGGAGCUUCUCGCAGCGAACGCAGCUGCUGCCCAGCAACUCCGCGGUGUUGCAGUGCUGGAUGUUCCUCCCCUCGACCCUGAUGCGCCGCCUCGUACAUACAGCCGCAGCAGGAAUGGAAGCAGUGCGAUUAUGUUGGAAGCGAUGCGACUUCGGGCGAAUGUGCUGUGGCGAGGCCUGUAUCCGCGUACUGCGCCACCCACUACUGCUGCCGUGAAGGUUUCCUCCGAUACCAGCGUCAAAACAGCUGCCGCUACGCAGUCAGCUUCUGCGGACCGCGAUACAGUGCGCCAAGGUAUAUUGACUGUGGUUAGCAACACGUCUAACGGAUGUCCCAGCAAGCGCUCGACGCCGGCAAGCAGCGGCGCUCUCACACACAAGCGGGCGCGCGAUGGUGACGAAAUUCUGUCGGUAUCCCCGGAGCAGCUAAAGGCCCGCAGUGCUCUGGUGGUGUCGAAAGCCGCCGCCGAAGAGGCAGAGGCGCGGAAAUACUCUCCUCCGCCAAAGUGGAAACUGGCAAAGGUGCUUGUGGGCCAUCAAGGAUGGGUCUGGGCGGCUGCAGUAGAGCCCGGUAACAAGUGGUUUGCCACCGGCGGCUUUGAUGCAAUCAUCAAGGUGUGGGACCUGGAAACAGGAGCGCUCAAGAUGAACUUGACGGGGCACAAGGAAGCUGUUCGGUCGAUCUCGCUUAGCAAGGUGUCGCCGUACAUGUUUAGCAGCAGCGAUGACCACUCUGUUAAGUGUUGGGACCUCGAGCGUAACGAGGUGGUACGCGAGUUCUUUGGCCACAAGAGCUCUGUGCACUGCGUCGCGGCGCAUCCGUCGUUGGAUGUAGUUAUCAGUGGCAGCCGCGACAAGACGGUGCGUGUCUUUGACCUGCGCUCCCGAGCCGUCGUGCACACGAUGGUGGGGCACACGGACAGCGUAAUGUCACUCGUGGUGCAGCAAGAGGAGCCUCAGGUCAUCUCUGGUGGUAGUGAUGGCUUCAUCUACCUGUGGGAUUUGGCAUCGGGCACGCCGCUUCAGAGACUCACGCGUCACAAGAAACCGGUACGUGGACUGGCCUUCACGGCCGCUGGUGAUGCACUUGUGUCGUGUGGUGCCGACGAGGUGCGUGUGUGGAAACUGCCAUCGGGCGAAUUUGUCACGAACGCCAGCACGCGCGUCUUAGAGGACCACAAGGGCAGGCCAUCCGCCAGCGUAGGUCCCGGCGGCGCUGGCGAGGUGGAGGAGUACUCGUAUCGGUGGAGCUGCUGCGCAGUGAGUCCGCGCAACGUCCUAGCAGUCGGCAGCCAAGAUGGUGAACUCGCGUUUUAUGACUGGAACCAGCCGCAACCGCGGCGGGUGCCGGGAAAGCACUAUGCACCGUAUCAGUGGACGAAAACAAAGUCACUGCCAGGGACGUUUCGUGGUGAGGGCGGAAUCAACGCUAUCACCUACGAUGUCUCCGGCACUCGCCUCAUUACAGCAGAAAGCGACAAGAGCGUCAAGAUAUGGCUGAUGCGCGACUAG